UAGUUAAUGCAGAAGAUAAAGAGGGUUCGUCUGGAAAACGAGACUGCAGGAAGUUGGAGGAGUUUUUUAUCCAGUUCUGAAGGGGAAGAGAAGAUGACUGCAGUGGACACGCUAUCAGACAGCUCUGAAGUGGUCGAGAUGGAGGAUGUGCCUUCCCAAUUCCAGGUGCAAAAGCAUUCUUGGGAUGGGCUGCGUGACAUUAUUCACAGCAGCAGGAAGUAUUCGGGCAUGAUAGUGAACAAAGCUCCCCAUGAUUUCCAGUUUGUCCGGAAAACAGAAGAGUCCAGCCCGCACUCUCAUCGCCUCUAUUACCUGGGAAUGCCAUAUGGUAGCCGAGAGAAUUCCCUUCUUUAUUCAGAGAUUCCCAAAAAGGUACGGAAGGAGGCCUUGCUUCUCUUGUCAUGGAAACAGAUGCUGGAUCACUUUCAGGCAACCCCUCAUCAUGGGAUGUAUUCUAGAGAAGAGGAACUCUUGAGGGAACGCAAGCGACUCGGUGUCUUUGGUAUAACAUCUUACGAUUUCCACAGUGAGAGUGGCCUGUUCCUCUUCCAGGCCAGCAACAGCCUCUUUCAUUGUCGAGAUGGGGGCAAGAAUGGUUUCAUGGUGUCUCCAAUGAAGCCUCUGGAGAUCAAGACUCAGUGCACGGGGCCACGAAUGGAUCCCAAGAUCUGCCCUGCUGACCCUGCCUUCUUCUCAUUCAUUAAUAACAACGACCUGUGGGUAGCAAAUAUUGAGACAGGAGAGGAGAAACGAAUGACAUACUGCCAUAAAGGCUUAUCCAAUGUUCUCGACGACCCCAAGUCUGCUGGUGUAGCCACUUUUGUCAUUCAGGAGGAGUUUGAUCGGUUCACGGGCUAUUGGUGGUGUCCCACAGCUUCCACAGAAGGUUCAGAGGAUUUAAAAACACUGCGGAUCUUGUAUGAGGAAGUGGAUGAGUCAGAGGUAGAGAUAAUUCAUGUUCCUUCACCUGCCUUGGAGGAGAGAAAAACAGACUCCUAUCGGUACCCCAGGACAGGCAGCAAAAACCCCAAGAUUACAUUAAAGCUGGCAGAAUUUAAAACAGACAGCAAGGGGAAGAUCGUGUGUGCUCAGGACAAGGAGCUGGUGCAACCAUUUGCUGCAUUGUUUCCCUCUGUGGAGUACAUUGCCCGUGCCGGAUGGACCCGAGAUGGCAAAUAUGCUUGGGCUAUGUUCCUAGACAGACCUCAGCAGCGGCUGCAGCUAAUCCUGUUGCCUCCAGCACUCUUUAUUCCAGUCCCAGAAAAUGAGGAACAGCGUGCUGAAUUUGCCAAAACUGUGCCAGAAAAUGUCCAGCCAUUUGUGAUCUAUGAAGAAACCACUGAUGUGUGGAUAAAUGUUCAUGAUAUCUUCUAUCCUUUCAUCCAAGCGGAGGGAGAGGAGGAAGAACUCUGCUUUAUUCGAGCCAACGAAUGCAAAACAGGUUUCUGCCACCUGUACAGAGUCACAGCGGUUCUGAAGCAGGGCAGCUAUGACUGGCUGCAGCCAUACGUCCAUAGCGAGGAUGAUUUCAAAUGUCCCAUCAAAGAGGAGGUCGCGCUGACUGGUGGGGAAUGGGAGGUGUUGGCGAGGCAUGGAUCGAAGAUCUGGGUCAACGAGAGCACGAAGCUGGUGUAUUUCCAAGGCACAAAGGACACGCCGUUGGAGCACCACCUCUAUGUCGUCAGCUAUGAGUCUCCUGGAGAGAUCGUGCGACUCACGACUCCAGGCUUCUCCCACAGCUGCUCAAUGAGCCAGAACUUUGACAUGUUCAUCAGCCACUACAGCAGCGUGAGCACUCCACCUUGUGUGCACGUCUACAAGCUCAGUGGCCCCGAUGAUGACCCGCUCCACAAGCAGCCCAAGUUUUGGGCUAGCAUGAUGGAGGCAGCCAGUUGUCCCCCAGAUUACAUCCCACCUGAGAUCUUCCACUUCCGAACUCACUCAGAUGUUGAGCUCUACGGAAUGGUCUACAAACCUCAUGAUGUCCAGCCUGGGAAGAAGCAUCCCACAGUGCUCUUUGUGUACGGAGGCCCUCAGGUGCAGCUAGUGAAUAACUCCUUCAAAGGCAUCAAGUACUUGCGGCUGAACACGCUGGCGUCCCUGGGCUAUGCGGUGGUCGUGAUUGAUGGGAGGGGAUCGUGCCAGCGAGGACUCAAAUUUGAAGGGGCCCUGAAAAACCAAAUGGGUCAGGUGGAGAUAGAGGACCAGGUGGAAGGUUUACAUUAUGUAGCAGAGAAAUACGGGUUCAUCGACCUCAGUCGGGUGGCCAUCCAUGGCUGGUCGUACGGGGGGUUCCUCUCCCUCAUGGGGCUUAUCUGUAAACCCAAUGUCUUCAAGAUUGCUAUAGCAGGUGCUCCUGUCACAGUUUGGAUGGCCUAUGACACGGGCUACACUGAGCGGUACAUGGAUAUCCCAGAAAACAACCAGCAAGGUUAUGAGGCUGGCUCUGUGGCAUUACACGUAGAAAAGCUUCCCAACGAGCCAAAUCGUUUGCUGAUCCUCCAUGGCUUUUUGGAUGAGAAUGUGCACUUUUUUCAUACCAACUUCCUGGUAUCACAGCUAAUCCGGGCUGGAAAACCUUACCAGCUGCAGAUCUACCCCAACGAGAGACACAGUAUUCGGUGCCCCGAGUCCGGGGAGCACUAUGAAAUCACGCUGCUGCACUUUCUACAGGAAUACCUCUGA